AUGAAAAAUCGACAAUCUUUGGAGAAGCAAGAAGCUGUGAGAACCAUCCUCGUGCAAUCAAAAUCCAGCAAUGACAGCUCCAUGGAAGAAGAAAAUUGUGACAACAGCUGCUACUACCCAGGUUGCAAGAAAGAUGCCAAUUGUAACUGUGAAAUUUGCUUGGACAGCAUCAAUGCCACCCUUGACCUCAUGCCCUUCAGCAUCCACAAAAGCACCCUCACUAAGCUCUCUGCUUCCAAACCCAGUGUUGAAUGCACUCCAAUCUCCUUUGAUGCUUCCAUUCUCUCCACACCCACAUCCAGUGCUUGCCACAUACCAUCCACUCCUGUCCUCAAAUCCAGUGCUAGAUCAGAUUUAAACCAGAAAAUGGAAAACCAGAAUAAGGGACAAGAGUGGUGUUUCUCUGGUGUCAAUCUCUUCAGAUUGCUACUGGGUUUGGGAUUUCUUUUAUCUGCAGAUGUUGUUUUCCCCUGGGUAGUUUCUGGGAUUUUUCAACCUUCUUUGUCACCGGAUGUAGUGAGAAAGGUUGGUGAGAAAUGUUUCCAAGUGCAAGAUUUGAAUGGAAAGUUGAGGUUUUUGCAGAAAGAGUUGGCAAGUGUUGUUGUUGGGGAUGUUUCAAGUUGCAGCUUUGCUGAUACCUUAUGGGAAAUCAAACAGGAUGGUUUGCUAUUGAAUUCAAGGUGCACAUUGUACAAAUCAGCAAUAGAGGAAGUAACAAUCUGGGGAUGGCCUCUUCAAACGGCAGGAUUACUCUCAACUGAGUUCUCUUUUCGAACAUUCACUGUCUUAUCAGGAAGAGUCACUGAGUGGAAUGGUGGACAAGUUGGCUAUUUGAUUCGAAAGGCCAAUACUUCAUGGGUACAACCAAAAUGGGGUGCCUCCGUUGUGCAAUUAGACCCUAAUACGUGGGUGCUUGAAUAUCGAAGGAGUUCUAUUUUUGAUGGUACAAGCUUGUAUUCAGCAGCAUUGGAGUUCCUCAAACAUAGGAUUUCAAAAAUUAUUGGCAGGGUGAAGAAAGAUUUCUGGUUCCUUGCUGCAUUUGAAGAUAACCAGCACAAAUGGUUCACAGCAAACAAUAGGCAUAAAAUCCCAACUUGA